UAAAUAAGACUGUUUCAAAAAAGUAGACUUUACAUUUUUUUUUAUAUGGGCAGAAUAAAAACGGAGCUCAUUAGAUUACAUACGCUUUGAUUGAAAAUAUUUGCCACUUCUAAAAAUGACAACUAAUUUUUUGACAAUGUUAGCGUUGAAAGGGAUCGAAUCUGAAACUUCAGUUACGCUUGGCAUUUUUUAAAAUUAUUUAAUAGUAUAUUUUUGAAUAUGUCCUUUAAGAAACUCAUGAAAGGAGUGCCUCCAGAAAUUUUGGUUGCAGAUGGUUUCGUGUCUCGAGAUCAAGAUGCUCUUACAUCUUGUCAAGCUGCAUGUACGACGAGGCUUGGGGUGACCUUACAGAUGGAACAGGAAGAUUACCUGUUACGUCAUCCUGAGGUGCACACGAUGCUUGAGACAUUUGUCAGUAAAAUAGUGAAAAAAAAUAAAAGAAAAGGAAUACUAAAAGAAGCUGCUGAACAUUUCUUAAGACCAGUUGAAGAACUGAAGAGAGAAAUAGAAAUAGCUACUUUGAGACAUCAUACACAAAAUACGAAGCUGGAGACCCCUUAUGAUGACGAGAAACUGAAAGACGAUUUAAGAAAACUUAUAACGUCGCAUUAUCCGUCGAAGCCCGUAGAAUCCCGUACUCCUUCAAUCUCAACCCUCAACACGGUAUCAUCGUCCUUCAUUUCAAUAAUAACAUCUGACACUACCUUAGCAACUCCUGAACCAAUACCAACUCCAGAACCAACGCUUUCUGAGACUCUUUUCACACUGAUCUCAAACACCAUCGAUAAAGCAAUUUUUCUUCGUAUUGACGACCAAGCUGUGAAUUACGAUACGGCUUACAUGGAACUUGUAAAAGCAGUUGAAGAGGCAAUGGAAAUACCGGUUAUCGAGAUCAAAAAAGAUAUUGUGCAACUUUUUGAAAAUGCUUACAAGAUGUUUGAAUAUGAUAUUAAGGAAAAGGAACGCAUCGUUGCUGAAAUAGCUUGGGAAAACAGAAUGAGGAAGAAAAUGAAAAGAACUCUGAGGUGCCUUAAUAAUUUUAAAGGUUAUGAAACGCCUGAAAGUCCUAAAAGCGUGAUAUCAUCUCAUGAGAGUUAUAAAAUACCCCCGCCUCGCCCAUGCAUAUGUCACCCCCAGUUCAACUAUAACAGAUAUCCGAAGGAUCGGUUUGGUAUAUACUUACCGAAUGAAGAAAAUUAUAGCGCUGGAAACGUCACCGUUACACCGGCCAUAUCAGACACAAGCGAUGAAGAACACAGUGAAAAAACAAAUUGACUAAUGCUUUAUUUUUAUUUAACUUAAUUUAUAUAUAAUUCACUUAUUAAAUAACAAAAAGCACAGCUUAACAAGAACUCGCGAGAUUACUUUAGUAUUAAUAAUAUUAAAGCAUUUCAUGUAUUA